UAGAUAUAUUUCUGGCCAACAUGGAGUCGCGAAAAUCGGUUAAAGGAAACUUUUAUUUAGGUGCUUUUUUAGUUCUAGUUGUGCUAUUAAAUCUUGGCGUGGCUGAUGCACGAAGCCAUAUACCCGCAAGAGUUUUAGCCAAACAAACCGGAGCCACACAAUUCGAGGAGCACUAUGAAACCCAAGCGGACUGCAAUGAACACAAGCACAGCCUAAGGAAGCGAGCCUCCGAUGAAGAUGUCGACUAUGAGGUGUAUCAGGGUGUGGUGGGACGUCCCGGCAUUGAUUUCCCCAUUUAUCCACGCAUACCCAAGACCAGUUUCAGUUGCCGAUCCUAUGGUAAUGGUUAUUUUGCAGAUAUGGAAACGGAUUGUCAGGUCUUCCACAUUUGCGAAGAGGGCCGUAAAAUCUCUUUCCUCUGCCCCAACGGCACCAUAUUUCAACAAAGUGAACUAACCUGUGAUUGGUGGUUCAAGGUCAACUGUUUGGGUUCGUCAACUUUCUAUGGUGAGAGUAGCGAACUGUUGGGAAAACAGCGCGAUCAACAUUUAAAACCCGUUGUACCCGUCCAAGGUUUUAAUAUAGUAGGCGGUGGUUUGAAUAUAAAACCUCGAGUACCUGCUAAGAGUACGUCCUCGCGUUCUGCCAGUCAUGAAUAUCCCAGCAUCAACAAACCCGAAAGACGUAUCGAUUCCGCUGAAAUGCCUUCCAUAGAAAGUGUGGACUUUGAAGAUCUUUCCAGUGAAAAAUCCCGUUCCGGAAUUACCGUUAUCAACAGCAAUACUAAUGAUGAAGAUGAAUCCCAAAUAACAGCUGAAUCCGCAUCCUUUGUUAGUGAUCGCAGUCGUAAUGCUUAUGGGGGUGCAGAUAAGUCCAAAUAUCAGGUUGCGGCCAAGGAUUCCAAGGGCGGCAAAUCAUCCGAUGAAGGACGUAACAGAGGUGCUGGAGAUCGUGGCUCACAAAGACAUGGCUAUGUCGGAUUGAGCAGUGAAACCACAGAGAAAGCCCGCAAUGGCCAAAGGGGUAAUCAACGUUACCGUGAGGAGAAGCCUGCCCAGGACUCGAGUGAUGAAAAAUUGAAUAAGAAGUACAAAUAUUCCGGCAGCAACGUGGAGAACAAGAAGGAAAAAUUCGUGGUGGAUAGUGGUGAUAAGUUACCGCACCCCACACCGUCCUAUGUUUCGGGAACCUACACCACAGCUAGACGUUUGGAUUCGACCAGGACAACCCCCUUCUACACACCCACAGUACCCUCCGUGGUGGUCAAGGGUAAGAGUGGAGGUAGUGAUGGAAAAUACAACAAAGAGGGCGUGGCCACAACUCCCACACCACACCGCUUCAAUGUGGCAAAACAGGGUUCAGGUCUCCUCUUGGGUGAGGGUGAAAAGAAAGAUGCCGUGAAACCCACAACCAGUCCCAAAUCUUCGCAAGUUAGUGAAGCCACAACCCUACGCUCUAUUGUGAUUGGUAUGCGUCACAACUAUGGAGAACAAGAGUUGCCACGUAAUCACAAAUAUUAUGAAGCGGAUAUAGACUCCGGAGAAUCCACAACACCAGCCACCACCGGCCCAACCUAUUUACCCAAAUCUUCGUCAAGUACUACAAAGCUUUCCAAGGGUUCCAGUGGUGAUAAUUUGCUCUUUGCCCCCGUUACCGAUAUUGAGGUUAAUCGCAAUGUCAACGAGAUGCUGAAGACCAUGGAUGUGAUAAAACAUAACUUCCAGGAUGUGGAAUUGAUCAAGCAAUCCGCAAAUGGUAGCAAUCGUCCUGGUUUGGAUAUACCACCAUCAUCGGGACCGGAUGCUUUGGUUUCAUUGGCCAAAUAUUUUGCCACAGAACAUAAUGAGUCUUCUUCGUCUGUUGGGCACAAUGUUAACUCUCUGGCCGCGGGUGAGGAUAAGAAAACGGAAAGUGUUAAGGGUAAAAGUGACACCUUGUCGACAACGGUGUUGAGGGAGAAGGGAGAAGGCAAGGGUGCAGAGGAUAACAGUGAUACGACAUUGGUUUCGUCCAAGAGUGAAUCUCAUUCCGGCAGUUCAAAUUCCUUGGCGCCCAAAGACAAACCCUCCGACACCACUGCCACCUUGACCACUGAAAGUUCAGCCUCAUUGGCGGCCAACGCCGAUGACAUUGCCAACAGUUUGUUGAGCAAUAAAACCGUCAAGAAAUACCAGAAACUCUUUGGUUUGGAUCAGGGCGAAGAAGAAGGAACUGAAACUCCGGACAGCAAAUCCCGAAGUGGCGUAGAUGCGGUAAAUAUUCCCGCCACAGCAAAUGUGGUGACCUCCUUCCCACAAAUUGGCCCCACAGAUGCCACCAUACGCACCCUGGCCGAAAAACCUGAGUCACGUAAAAUUGCCCAAGUCUUCUCGAAUGCCCUUAAUGAUUAUCUCAAUGAUCCCAUCAAGUUCCGAGAUGAAUUGAGGUCCCAGGCCAGACCCACAGAACCACCAUUUGAAAAUCGUUUUGUUAGUGUCACCGAUCCCACUCUGUUCAAUCAUGGCACUGCGGCCACUUAUUUGCCCACAGUAGCUCCCACCACAAAUCGCCCAUAUUCCACAACAGAAUCGAACUUAGCGGCAGAUAUCAAUAGCCAUUUGAUUACCUCGACCGGGUAUCCAGAUUCUGAACAAACCACAAAUGUAUUCGAUGCCACCACCUUUAAGAGUUCCUCAGAACGUAAAUCGAAUUUGGAAUUCUCGGCAGAAUUGGAACCACCCAGUAAUUCCGAUUCUGGAGAAGAACUUUUGCACACCCAGCACACCGAAUCGUUUGUCAAGAAUUCAAGAAAUCACAAUGAAAAAUCUGGCAAAUUGAGUACGGACCCCAAGCCACAAAAACCCUGGACCUUUGCCAAUGAAGAUGAUGUUUUGGAUCCGCUGAAAAUCAAUGAUGGUCUGAUGAAGAAAACCACCUAUCAGCCCAAGACCCAGGGUAAAUCUUCAUCGUUUACAUUAGAUACACAAGCAAGAAGCCAUACAUCUUACUCCUCGAGCUCCUCCUCUUCAGAACGCAUUGAGGGUAGACAAAAUUCCCAAUAUAGACAGCAACAACAACAACAACAACCGGAAGAUCCUUGGGGUGAUCUUUUUGAUUCCUAUGAUAUCUCCAAGGAAAAUCUACCCGCCACCACAGGACUUCAGCGUAUUGCCAAUAAACUAUUUGGUGGCCUCAAUGAAUCGGAGGCUCUACAUUUGAAAAAUGUUAUGGCCGAAGCGGAACAUAAUCGUCAAAUUUUAAGACUUCUCCUUCUGCUCAUUCAAACCUGCGACGAUCACAAUGGCAAGGCAUUGGAACGAUCACGUAAAAGUCUACUGGGAGCCUUGAUUUCCAUGGAUGGUAAAUUGCACAGCUCUACAAAGACCCAGACUAGAGAACUCACGCACACAGUGACCACAACAGAAAAGCUACCCAUUACCACCUAUCGCAGAACUGGUAGUGGCGAAGAAAUUACCACGACCACCAUGAGUUAUGGUUCCACAGAUUUGCCACCAGCCACAACAACAUUUACCGCCACCACCACAGCAGAUAGCGGCGCCAACAGUGCCGAAGCCACCACAAAAUUUGCCAUUAUUGUUGAUGAUAUUGGUGGUGAAACUUCCGCCGCAACAACGACAACAGAAUCAGGAUCUAUAACAUCCUCCUCCGGCUCUUCAUCGCCCGGCAGCCUUGAUGGCAAUGCCGAUAAAAGAGCUUUGGAAUUACUAAAGUCAUUGUAUUCACUGGCCUCGAAAUUCACCAGCAGACGGUAA